CGGCGACGGGCAGCGCUUCCGGCGGGAGGCGGAUGCCGGAGGGGCCUGGCGGGCGGGCCGGGCCGGACCGGGCCGGGAGGGGACCGCAGACUUUGUUCUAGACGCUGCUAAAUAAAUUGCAAUACUUGGAGACCAUGGCUGCAGACCCACUCUCAGAGCUUCAGGAUGACCUGAACUUGGACGAUACCAACCAGUCCCUCAGCCAACUCAAACUGGCCUCCAUAGAUGAUAAGAACUGGCCGGCAGAUGAAGACCCUGCUUUUCCCAAAUCAGAGGACUCCAAAGGCUCCCCUGAGGCUGUCACUCACCUGCGGUGGGACGAUCCCUACUACGAUAUCGCCAGGCACCACAUUGUGGAAGUAGCAGGUGAUGACAAGUAUGGGAGGAAAGUCAUUUUGUUCAGUGCCUGUCGGAUGCCCCCAAGUCAUCAGCUCGACCAUGUGAAACUGCUGGGGUACCUGAAAUUCACACUGGACCAGUAUGUGGAAAGUGAUUACACACUGGUGUAUCUACACCAUGGCCUGACUAGUGAGAACAAGCCAUCCCUGAGCUGGCUGCGGGAUGCCUACAGGGAAUUUGAUCGCAAGUACAAGAAGAACAUCAAAGCCUUGUAUAUUGUGCAUCCAACCAUGUUCAUCAAGACCCUUCUGAUUCUCUUCAAGCCUCUGAUCAGCUUUAAGUUUGGACGAAAGAUUUUUUAUGUGAACUUCCUUAGUGAGCUGGAGGAGUAUGUGAAGCUGGAACAGUUGGGAAUCCCAAGUCAAGUGCUGAAAUAUGAUGAAUAUCUCAGAUCCCUCCAGAAACCUUCACAAGUGCCCCAGAAGCCAAUGCCUCCACGCCCACCACUGCCAAACCAGCAGUUUGGAGUCUCGCUCCAACAUCUCCGGGAGAAGAGCCCUGAUCAGUCUCCUGUUCCCCUGGUGGUCAGAGAGACCAUUGCUCAUUUGCAGGAGCAUGCUCUCACAACAGAAGGGAUUUUCCGGAGAUCAGCAAACACACAGGUUGUCAGGGAGGUCCAGCAAAAAUACAACACGGGUGUGCCGGUAGAUUUCCAGCAGUAUGAAGAUGUCCAUCUCCCUGCUGUGAUUCUCAAGACCUUCUUGAGAGAGCUGCCUGAGCCCCUCCUCACUUUUGGCCUCUACAGCCAUGUUGUCGGCUUCCAGAGUGUGGAAGAAGUGAAUCGUGUGGAUGUCGUUCGCAAAACACUCCAAAAUCUGCCAGAAGAAAACUACCAUGUGCUCCGUUUCCUGACAGCCUUUCUGGUACAGGUAUCUGCUCACAGUGACAGAAACAAGAUGACAAACACCAACCUGGCAGUUGUGUUUGGCCCAAAUCUGCUGUGGGCCAAAGAUGUUGCCAUCACCCUAAAAGCCAUCAACCCAAUCAAUACCUUUACCAAGUUCCUGCUGGAUCACCAGAAGGAGCUCUUUGAGGAUGUGGAGGCCUGAUUCCCGGCCAGCCCACACCAGCACACUGUGCCCACCUUCCCACCUUUCCCACCUUGUCUUGGGGCUGUGACCAAGCUGCCUCCAGUACAAAGGGACUGUUGAUCUCCUGGGUGAUGAGCAGAAUGAGGGCUGUGGAGAUGGUGGUGAAAGUGUAAGUAAGCAGGAGACCUGCUGCUCCAGAUGGGGAUGGGAGCUGGUCUCCCAGCUACUGUGUGGAGUCCUGCCCCACCUGCUAGUCUGUGCAGCUUCUCCAGGGCUCAUCACCAGCCUGUUGCCCUAUAAGAUGACCAGCCAUCCUUUCCUCCUUCCCUCACAUAUGGUUUUUCUGUCCUCCUAUCCCUUCCCUUCUUCAGCAAAGAUCUUUUUUUUUUUUUUUUUUUUUUUUGUUUAGACUCCCAACAGCCCCAUCUCACUCCCCUUGUUUCAACUGGGCUAUCAGGGCUCGGGCAAGACUCGCUCGGUUUGUGACAGAGAUGUUCUUGCUGUAGGUGCCAUUUUUCUGCACUAAACAUGCAUUCUGCCUUUCCCCAGAGGCAUCGGAAACACUGAAUGGAGCAGGCAGCCCUUGUGCUUCAGGUACUUGUCCUGUACUUGCAAACACCACUUUAGCCACAAGUUUUUGGCAGGCAAGCGAAGGAUAGGUUCCACAGCACAUGGGCUGUAUAGACCUGCCAGACUGCAACACACAGAAGCUCAAUUUAGCCCAAGCCUCUCUGGGGUCAGCCACUCCAGCUACUCUUCAGCUUUUGCUGGGGUGAGGUUCAUCCUGUAGUUAUCCAGCUCAGGUGUUUCUGUCCCUCCAGCAGUAUUUCCAGCCUGGCUUGGAAGGCGCAUGUCAGACCUGGCUGUGCAUGGGUUCUGGCUGGGGUCCUUUCACAGAUGGGAAUCUGAAUUGCAAGGAGAAAGCGCCCUCGUGGCCCAGGACUGCUGAAACUAUGAAGAUCACUGCCUUUCCCUCUGGCAGCAACACGAGGCCUCUUCUACUCCUUCAGGCACGUGCAUCUGUGCUGACAGACACAGACUGCCUUGGUUGUUUCUCCUCUUCAGUUUGAGCAGAACUUUCUCUAGCACAAUGUAACAGUGAGUGUGGCCUUAGGGGAAGGUCUAGGGACUGGGGCUAACCCUUACUCUGGAGUGUACCAGGCCUGGUUUACAAGUUUCUGCCCAGGUGCUGACCACUCGUGUGCCAAAGCUGUGAGGGAACAGCUAUUCCUUGCAGUGGGCAUCGCCUUCUCUCUUCCUCAGUUCCUUUGCCUUCCAUCCUUUCAUGGAAGCCUCAUCUGGUGUAUUCUGUAUGUUCUGGGCAUGCCUGGAGAAAUCAGAUUGUCUGCAAGGCAGGCUUAGGGCUGGAUGUGCCUGAUGCCUUCCCAAAGCAGUGCAUCACUGUUGGUUUGGGGUUGUAGCAUGCAGGUCACUUAGAGCUAGAAGAGAUCCCUCUCCUUAGCCUGGGCCUGAUGGGGUUCGUGAGGAGCUUCUAGCCUUAUUUCUCUGGUGUGUUAUACCUUUAUCUCUUGCGCCCUGCAUGCCUUGGCCAGUCCUGCUUUGUGCUGUAUUUGGCGACAGGGCAAGCGUUUUGGACCAAACAGAACUCAUUUUAUUAAAAGCUACUGGAUGCUAAAUAGAAUUUACUUUUUUGUAGCAUUUUAGCCUGAUCAAAAGUUGUUGCCCCAGUUGUAAUCAAAAUAAGUGACAUCUGCUGCAGGGAUGAUAGAAGUUGCCGUUCCUGCUACACUGUUUAACAGGGAUGGGUGUUAACACAGGAAGCCUGGCAAGGCAGUGCAGGACUUGCAGCUGGCUUGGAGGAGGCACGCCAGCUUGUGGGUGGAAAUAGUGAGCAAGAAACUGAGCAUUGCUAAGGUUGGAUUGAGAGAUGUUCUAGGACAGGGCUGGGCCCAAUCAUUUCUAGAUAUGAGGGGACUUUAUCCUGUGGAGGCUAAAAGACUGCUUAUUCUCCCUCCUUUGAGAGUAGGAGUCUACCCUGUUUGGCCAAGAGAUACUUACUGUUUUGGCCUAAACCAUUCACAGCAGUAACCAAGUAAAUGUUUUCGAGGUAAAGAUACUGGGCUCCUAAUUCACGUUUGAUCUCUGCUGGAAUAAGUGAGCAGGACUAAUUUGCUGUGCAGUAGUCAUCUGCUGUGAUGGACAGAGGGGAAAGAGGUGCACUUGCUGCAGUGUUUGCUUUAGGAGCUGAGGCUUCCUGGGCAUGCUGUGUGGAGGGGGAAGGAUGAAAGAGCCCAAUGUUCAGCAUCCAGUGCUUCAUCCAUGCAGACACCCUGCUCCCCAGCUUCAGCACGUGGAGAGACCAGUGCAGCUGAUUCUGGCCAUGCUUGCAUCUCCCUAGAGGAAAGGCAAACCCAGCUAAAUUCUCCAGGGAGAAAUGAACUCCAGACCAAGAACGUGGGAUGGGAUGUGCUUGUGUGUUGGGGCACAAGGCCUGGGCCCUGCAUGCAGCUGCAGAUCCCUUGGCAGGGAGGCUCUGGGGGGGCAGGUGCCAUUCCCAGACCAAUAGCCAGGAGCAGUGCUGGGAACUUAGCUGUGCUCCAGUGGGAAAGCAGAGAUUGCUGCAAGUAUCUUGGCUGAACAAGAGCCAGCAAUGUGCCCAGCUGGUCAAGAAGGCCAGUGGCGUCCUGGCUUGUAUCAGAAAUAGUGUUGUCAGCAGG